UUAGGCCACUCAUUGGUUCCUUCCCUUCUUAGACCCGGCCCCUUCUUAAAGGCGCCAGAGUUCCUAAUUCUGCAUCUUUCCGAGGUCCUGCGCUCUCCUGCCGCCGCCCCCGGUUAGUCCUUCCUGGAGUCUGCCCUCCAUCCCUCCUGCUGCUGGGGGCCGCGGCAGUCAGGGGCCAGCGGGUGCCCCGGCAGCAGGAGGGAUUGUGGGAAGGCAGCAGGAGCCCGGGCCGGGCGGACUUUGGCCCCGUUGUCUGCGUGGCCCCGACAGCUCACGAUGGAGGCCUGGGGGCGGCUGGCCAGGGCCGGGCUGGUCCCGCUGGAGCUGGGACCCCCUCCCCGCGCCCUGCGAGACCCCAGCGGGACCUGGAGCCGUGAAGGGGCCGGAGCCGGGGCGCCCCGGGCGCAGGACCCCGUGGGCUGCGUGUGGGAGCAGUUGCCUUCUCCCCAACAGUGGAGCCUGCGGAGGAUGGACCUACAACUGUUCAGUCAGCUGUGUGCCCUGGGCCUGGAGAUCCAGGCCCUCCAGGAGGAGGCCGAGGCCGACUUGGAUGAGGAAGAAGAAGGUCUGCGGACCUCCCCGACCGAUUGGCUCAUCCCAGACUUUGAAAUCACUAUCUGAGAGCCCAGCGCCGAGGACGGCCGCCCCCCAGAGAGCCCCCCAGGGAGCCCCAGAUGUAGCAGAGGCUUCCUCCGGGAAGGCUCUUGAACUUUGCCCUGUCGGGGACAGAGGGGCUGCCGUUUGAUCGAUGGGAGAAUGCGAUAUCGAUAAUAAUGAUGGCGUGGAAAUUUUCUAAGGAAAACAGAUUUCGGGUUCAGAUGUUUGCUUAUUGUAUGUAGAUAUUAAUAAAUGAGUCCCAGAUUUUUAAAGAUUCA